AUGACAGCCGCCAAGGACAUCGACCCAAAACCCGCCCGGCAACAAUCCGAUGCCGCCAGCUAUGCCAAUGGCAAGUUGGAACCUGUCCUUACCCUCGAGGAUGACGAUAGACUGGCCCAGAUUGGACACGCUCAGGAGUUGAGAAGAGACUUCUCAGUCUGGAGUGUGAUAAGUCUGAUCCUCUGUUUGAUGGCGACAUGGGAAGCACUUAGUACAGUCAUCGCAACGGCUUUGAUGACAGGAGGCGCGCCAUGUCUAUUCUGGAACCUAUUGGUCUCCGUCCUCUGCUCGAUAGCCAUCGCCCUCUCCCUGGGAGAAAUCGCUUCCAUGUAUCCAACCGCAGGAGGUCAAUACCAUUGGGUUGCCGCGCUUUCGCCACCAUCGACCCGCUCUAUUGCCGCCUGGUCCGUUGGAUGGAUCAAUGUUGGAGGUCAAAUUGUCCUUAGCGCUGCUGCUGCGUUCGCAGGUGCUCUUCAACUCCUGGGAGUUGUCAUUUUGAACGACGAUGACUACGUUCUUAAGCGAUGGCAAGGGCUCCUACUAUACUGGGCCAUACUGCUAUACGGUGCCGCCGUCAACAUCUGGGGGGCGCGGGUCCUACCCGCGACAAACAACAUAUCCGGAAUCAUCCAUUUAGUAGGCUUGGUCGUCAUCAUGACCGUGCUUGGAGUCAUGAGCGAUAAGAACACUACUCACUUCGUAUUCCUCGAGGUCACUAACAGCAGCGGCUGGGGAAACGAUGGCGUGUCGUGGUUAGUGGGCCUCUUGUCAACCGUCUACCCACUGCUCGGCUACGACGCCGCCUGCCAUCUCUCAGAAGAAAUACCACACGCGACACGAAACGUACCUCUGGCUAUGGUGGGCAGUGUGGCAGUAAACGGUUUACUGGGUCUGGUUUACUGUAUCCUGCUCUUGUAUUGCACUGGGCCGCUUGAUGAACUCCUCUUAACACCCACGGGCUUUCCCUUCAUCCAAAUCUUCUACAACGCCACAGACUCGCGCGCUGGGGCAACGAUUCUGUCCCUUUUCGUAAUUAUCAUCGCUAUUGCUGCCACAGCGGCAAUUAUCACGUCGGCUUCCCGCACCUUCUGGGCUUUUGCUCGAGAUAACGCAACGCCGUUCUCGCGAUACUUCUCCCACGUCAAUCGGUCGUCCCAGAUACCGGUCCGCGCCGUCGUUGCGGUGACACUCGUGCAGGUACUUCUCGGCUUCAUAUACCUCGGCAACACCACGGCGUUCAACGCCAUCAUGUCGAUGUCGAUUCUCGCCGUCUACGCGUCGUACCUUGUACCCAUCGUCUACUUCAUGAUCUACGGACGACCGAAGCUCGCGAACCAUCAGUUUGGUUAUUUCCGGUUACCGAAGACUGUAGGGCUUCUUCUCAAUAUUCUGUCCUGCUGUUGGCUUGUAUUGGCGAUGGUGUUUAGUACAUUUCCAGGUGUUAUGCCUGUUACGCCGCAAAACAUGAACUACUCGUCGGUCGUGAUGGUGGGCUGGAUGUUGAUUGGAUACGUGUAUUACGCCAUAAAAGGGCGCAAGCAGUUCGAAGUGCCUGUUGUUACCAACGAGGCGCGAGGGUUUUGA